AUGAAAUAUUUACUGAUUUCAAUAUUUUUGAGUCAUGUUGUCAAUGCUGAUCCGACGAUAUUGAGUGCUCAAGUGCUUUUUCGUCAUGGUGAUCGCACUCCAGUGACGACUGUCCCGUCAGAUCCAUAUCAAGAGUCAUUUUGGGGAUUGCCAUGGGGAACAUUGACUACGCAAGGAAUGCAACAGCAUCUUAUCAAUGGCCUAAAGCUGAAAGCCCGUUAUGUGGACGAGUUGAAAUUGGUGAACGCCACCUAUUCACCGUACGAUAUCCAUAUCCGAUCGGCUCUUCACGACCGUUGUCUACAAUCAGCGGCUGCUGACUUUGCCGGUUUCUACAGUGACUCGAAAUUUCAUCCACAAGGAGGAGGAUGGCCAAAAAACUGGACUCCUCUACCAAUUCACACAAAUACUGAUCCAGAUCAUGAAUUUGAGCCCGAUGCUCCGUGCGCUAGAGCGAAACAAAUCGAAAAUGAACGACUAGCAAGACCUGAGUAUUUAAACUACGAACAGCAACAUAUUGAUAUCGUUCAAGCUUUUGCUAAAGGCACUGGUGAACCGUGGACGAAAUGGUGGGAUAUCAUUCAGUACGCUGGAACACUUGUUUGUGAGAACGCUCAUGGCCUCACUCUUCCCUCCUUUGUGACUCCUCAACUCUACAAUGACACGAUAUCGAUUCGAUCGACGAUCAUCGAUUACACCGCUGGAAUGGCAAUACUCCAAGCCCUGCAAAACCCGGAAUUGAUCCGCUUGAGAGCUGGCGUUCUCAUCAAAACGCUCACCGGGCUUUUCCGAGCCUAUACCGAUGAAAAGUUGUACGCGUAUUCUGUGCACGAUUCAACGAUUUCCGCGACUCUUUACGCGUUGGGAGUAACGGCAAAAAUGGAUGUGAUCGGUGCUGGACAACCCGGUUAUGCAGCCACGUUGAUAUUUGAGUUGUGGAAAAUGGAUGAUGGAUCGUUGGCGAUAAAGCUCCUCUACGCAAACACGGCUGAAGAAGCGCUGAAAACGGUGACAAGUUCGAUUCAAGGAUGUGCUGGGAAAGCUUUGUGUCCCUUGGCGACUGUUCGCGGAAUAAUGGAUCAAUUCGUUGUACAAGAUAUCGAUAAGGCAUGCCAAGCACAA